AGGGCUCCUGUCAAAACAGGAAGGCAAACAGGGAAAUUCGCUUCUUUUGCACGCGCACAGGCGCCACUCGCGGAGCCAGACCUCAAAGCCAACUCCAAGAACGGAUGGAACAAUUCGCGGGAGCUGACCUGCUGCCCGACGACCUGCUCGCGGACGUCCUCGGGCGCCUUGAGCCGCGCUGGCUAGCCGCGUCCCGCUGCGUCUGCAAGGACUGGCGCGCCAUCAUCGACGCGAGGCGCCUCCUGCGCGCCGACCUGCUGCCGCUCUCCCUGGCAAGCAUCAUCAUCUCUUUCGACAUGCUCGAUCUCUCAGACUUCUUCGAUCGCCCCUCCUCCACGGGCCGGCCCGCGAUCAGCGCCAGGAUCCACGACUGCUUGCCGUCCACCGCCGAGAAAUCUCCUGUCCGGGAUCACUGCAACGGGCUCCUCUUACUCCACAACGGCUGGGUCGUUAACCCCGCGACACGGUGGGCGGUGCUCUUGCCCCCCUGCCCGGCCCGGUGCACUACGACGGAGGCAGAUUUCUACCACAGGUACCUUGUUUAUGAUCCCACGGUAUCAACCCACUUUGAGGUGUUCAGGGUUCCUGGUUUUUAUUAUUACCAUAGACAUGUAGACCAUGUAUUAGAGGAAUCAGAAUGGCCUCCAUCUUUGUACACCAUGCAUGUCUACUCGUCGAGGUCAGGUCACUGGGAGGAGCGGUCUUUUGUUCGAGAAGGAGACGCAGCAGGGACCGUCUCUGAUUCGCGCUUGCAUGGGAGGAAAUGCUACGCCGUAUGCUGGCAAGGGGCACUUUAUGUGGACUGCCUGAAUCAUUUUCUUAGGAUAUCCUUGUCAAACAGUAAAUACCAAGUAAUUAAACCACCGGUUGGACUUGGAUCAGGAUGGGCAGUCUAUCAAGAAAAAUAUCUAGGAAAAUCAGAGAAGGGAGUGUACUAUGCAUCACUAGGCGAUAAUAGUUUCCUCAGUAUUUGGAUCCUUACCGAAUCGUCCAAUCAGAUGGAGUGGGUAUUGAAGCUCAAUAACCUUGACACACGGAGUCUUAACUGUUACAGCCAAGAUCAUGGACCCUGGGUAUCGCAGGAUAUUAACUAUGAAUCUUAUUUUCCAAAUGAUGAGAAGAAAGCACAAGUCGAAGAGAAUUUCGAAUGGAGCUCUGACGAUGAUGAUGCUCUUAACAAUGAAAAUAGGGUGAAAAAAUACGACCCGGCAGGAAUUGGAAUACUCGGGUUUCAUCCUCGUAAGGAAAUUAUCUUCUUGAGUAAAUCCGUGGAGACGGGAUAUGCCUAUCAUUUGAAGAGCUCAAGGAUUCAAACCUUGGGCAGCAUAUACCCAACGCGUUAUCAAGAUAUUUUAUUGCCACAUGAACACAACAUACGAGAGUCUUUUCCAUACACGCCCUGUUGGAUGAGAGGGUUCCCUGAAAAAAAUUAGCUUAGACGGCCGCCUAGAAAAUUUAGGAUGCCUGAACCCUGUUUUUAUAAUUUAUAUAUACGUGAAAAUGAAUAGCUGCUAGACGAAUAUAUUUUCCAUUCUUUGUAUCUCAUUUUCUUGUAAUGAAGUUUGGAUGAUUCCCUGGUUU